GUGGAAUCCGGGUCGACCCAAGUAACCGGGUCGGAGUUUCGUCAGAUCGUUUACGUCCACGCCGGAGACGACCCGUUCAAGCUCGUGAAAGACGCGAUGAAAGUGAUUAGGGUUCAUAUGAACACCUUCAAGCUUCUUGAUGAGAAAUCGCCGCCGGGGAUCGUCGACAAGUUCGGGUGGUGCACUUGGGACGCUUUUUACUUGACCGUGAACCCUGAAGGUGUUCAUAAAGGUGUGAAGUGCCUAGUCGACGGUGGUUGUCCGCCGGGUUUGGUGCUUAUCGACGACGGUUGGCAAUCGAUUGGACAUGAUGCCGAUGGUAUUGAUGUCGAAGGGAUGAAUAUUACCGUCGCCGGUGAACAAAUGCCCUGCAGGUUGGUUUAA